UUUCUAUGGAAGACAAGAUGGCUAAGACAAGCUUCUGUAAUGCCAUGGACAGUCUGCCAGUCUUCAGUGACUCCCAUGUUGGACAGAUGUCUAAAUUUUGCUCUAUAGACCCUUUUGCAACAUUUCAUUCAUGCCCAGAUGCCCUGAAUCAGUUUGCUGGCCUGGAAGAUUUACCUCUGGUUCCAUUUACAGCAGAGCCAGUGACUGCUGAACAUUUCUAUGACAAUCCUUAUAGCUUCCUGUUUCAAGCCCCCUGUGGUAGAUAUGAGUACUCUUGUAGCCCAGCAUUCAUCAGAAAAAGAAAUGAAAGAGAAAGGCAGAGGGUUAAGUGUGUCAAUGAAGGGUAUGCCAAGCUCAGGCAUCACCUUCCUGCUGAAUUUCUGGAGAAACGGCUGAGCAAAGUUGAAACACUCCGUGCUGCAAUUAAGUACAUCAAGUAUCUCCAGUUUGUGCUGUCAGAGGACGAUAGCAGAGAAGCUCACAAGUCCUCCCAAUAUGGCACUCAAAAUGACCAGGUUCCAAUGACAUCAUAGUUAAUUCCAGGACAAAUGUAAGCAUAUCUGGAAAAUCCAUAGGUAUCCUAUGUAUAAAGAUCAAAUGGAGUUGCAAGAUGGUUU